AUGGGGCUGUUAAACGAGAGGAGAGGGUCAGACGCUGGGACAGAUUCUAGUGACAGUAGUACUGGAACUGCAACUGGUGCCGGCAUCGCCACGGCCCCCAUUCAUACCGAUAGUCGUUUCCAACUUGGCAUUCUCAGCCCAUCCGCGGAUACUCUCAAAGCACCACUUGGAUUCCUUCGAUCAACACCAUGGCGCGUUCUCGCAGUUCGCUUCCUCAUUUUCCUGACGCCUAGUUUCCUGCAAGGGCGCCAUGCUCGCGAGCAGAUAUGCCCAGCUAAGCUAUCUCCAACUGCCUACCUCGAUGGCAUGCGUGGUCUGGCAGCCCUCAUCGUCUUUUUCUGCCAUUACUUCUACCAGGCAUUCACAAUCGCCGAGGGAUGGGGCUGUGGCGAGACCAACUACCACAUUCUCAAACUGCCAUUUCUUCGUCUUUGGUAUCAAGGCCCACCGGCAGUUUGCGUCUUCUUUAUCAUUUCUGGAUAUGCACUCUCAUAUCGACCUCUCAAACUGAUUCGAAGCGGAGCCUGGUCGGACUUUGCCAACACCAUGAGCUCUCUCGUCUUUCGACGUGGAAUUCGGUUAUAUCUUCCCACGGCAGUCUCGACGUUUAUGAUCAUCUGCCUGCUGCGCAUUGGCGCUUACGAGUGGACUCGAGACUUUGCAAACGACCGCAAAUACAUGAAGAACAUUGUAGAGCCUCAUCCGGCCCGCAUGGAGCAUGCGUAUGCCCAGUACAAGGACUGGAUGAUUCACAUGUUCAGGUUCAUUCAGGUCUUCAGCUGGGACAAGUUUGGCGGAAGCACUUCUUACGAUGUCCAUCUGUGGACAAUUCCUGUCGAAUUUCGAUGCUCGCUCUACCUCUUUCUCACCAUUAUUGGCACCGCCCGUCUGCGCACCACUGUCCGAUGGCUCACGGUUGCCUUUGUCAUGGCCAUCACAUAUCGUAACAGUCGAUGGGAACUUUUGCUGUUCUUCUGUGGCAUGCUCAUUGCCGAGAAUGAUCACAUCCGAGGCGCGCACGUUCCGACGCCCAACCCGGCCCUGCCGAUCGAAGAAAAGUCCCGCCCGGCGAGGAACAAAUUAUGGCCAAUCUUCUGGGCUCUGUUCAGUAUCCUCGGCCUGUAUCUGAUGUGCCAGCCAGACGGCCGGGGUGAGAUAACCCCUGGGUGGAUAUGGCUGUCGUCCCAGAUCCCUAAGUGGUGGAAGGAGGAAAGGUAUCGUUACUGGCAGUCGACAGGCGCCGUCAUAUUUAUUGUCGCGGUAAGCCACUCGCCUCGCUGGCAGCGCUUCUUCAACCUGCCAGUUGUUCAGUACUUUGGCAAGAUCUCAUACGCCAUCUACCUGAUGCACGGACCGGCUAUGCAUGUUGUUGGCUACCACUUCGAGAAGUGGGCAUACGGCAUAACUGGAGUCGAGGGAUAUUGGUACAAUGCUGGCUUCGUCUUAGGAGCUUGCUUCUGCAUCCCCACCGUCGUCUGGUGGGCAGACGUCUUCUGGAGGGCCAUUGACAUCCCCACUGUCAAGUUUGCCAAGUGGUUUGAGUCAAAGGUGGUAGUCAAGGCGUGA